AUGACAUCUUCAUCAAUGUCAGUAUUUACCUUAAGUUAUCUUGGACAUUCUACUAUUCAAAAAUCUAAUGAUUGUGAACUGGAAACAAUUUAUGAAUUAUUGAUUGAUUAUUAUUUGAAAUUUCUUCGACAAAUAUCGUCCUCAAAACUGACUACAUCAUUUGUAUCACCAAAUAAUCACAAACCUGUUUUAUCUUAUAAAACAGUAAUGACAGAAAAUUAUGACAGUGUAAUAUUAGCCAUUGGAAAUGGUCAUAUUCUUAUCAAAUCAUUAGAUUACAAAGGAAAUAAAAAAAAGGAUGACAAAUCGAAAAAUUCAUCGUCGUUAUCAUCACAAAUGGAUGAAGAUUUUUCGGCGUAUCAAUUGAUCUAUUUUAACUGUUAUUACUUUGAAGUCGUAACACCUGUUGGGAGUAAUCUUAGUCAUAAUAGCGCUCACAUUGGUAACAAUAAUAAAAAUCGUGAUCAUUGUUACGCUUAUUUUCGUCGAAUAAUCGAUACACGUCGUUGUAUCCCUGAGGAUGCAUUGAUCAAGUUAGAUAAUCAAAUAACAAGUUGGUUAUUACGUUAUCGCACAGUAUUACGUCCGCCAUUGAUUUAUUUUAUGGUCCCGCGUUUAUCAGCGAACGGUGAGAAUUGUUUAACUUGUUAUGUAUUUCUAGCGGAAAACAUACAAAUCGGUUUAAAUGUUUUACGUUGCUUUUCGGAAUUGCGAAAAUCAUCUCCAGAGACAAACAUUUUACCAAGAACAUUGUGUAAAUGUGAUGCUUUAAAACCGAUUAAGAGUGGGGCAAUUCAUUAUCAAUCAAAAAAGCUGAAUGAUAGAUUAAAUACAAAUAAGUACGAGAAUUCUCAAGCGAACUAUUUAAAUGUUACAGAACAGAAACAUUGCGAAUGUUGUCAGCAUAAUCUAAAGUGUAAAGAAUCUCCUUUAUUAUCAGAGAGAGCAACUAGAUCACAUAUUGACCUGUUACAACGAUUAAAUUAUCCAUCUACAUCAGAACCAUCUAUGAAUGCUGUGUGUUCACAAUGCAAUUUAAAAUAUUAUCCAGUCCAUUCUAAUCUAUGUGAAAAGCAUCGAUCAAAGGUAAUCCAAAUGAAGCUUGGUAUUGAAGCAAUGGAUUACUACUAUAAUAACCAUUCACAAUAUCAACAAAAACGUAUCACUAAUUCAGAAAUUCCGAAACCAAAUAAUCGUAGAAGAGAUUGUUCAGUUCCAACACAACUAGAGCAUCGGGUAGUUCAUACACAUAUUGAUCCAUACGGUCAAGAAUGCCCACUUUGUCAGGUUAAUGCCAACAGUGAUUUUAGCACAUCUGAACAUAAUGGAAGACCGUGUUGUCGAUAUAAAAUUAACGAGCGUACAAGAUCUAGUAAUAGAACUCGUCAAUCUUGUUCAGCAUCACGUUAUUUUAUCUCCAAAUCAAGAGAUAAUCCAAAAUACUGUCAUGCUCAUUUAGGUGGAUCGUUAGAAUUGUUACCUUAA